AUGAAUAUACGCUACCUGAAUGAUUUGGAGAGGAUAGGCAGAAUGGAUUAUAUCCCAACCCAGCAAGAUGUGCUGAGAACCAGAGUGAAGACUACAGGCAUUGUAGAGACUCAUUUUACCUUCAAGGACUUGCAUUUCAAGAUGUUUGAUGUUGGGGGCCAGAGGUCUGAGAGAAAAAAAUGGAUCCAUUGCUUUGAAGGAGUUACAGCCAUUAUCUUCUGUGUUGCUCUUAGUGCCUAUGACUUAGUUCUGGCUGAAGAUGAAGAAAUGAAUCGGAUGCAUGAAAGUAUGAAGCUGUUUGAUAGUAUCUGUAACAAUAAGUGGUUCACAGAUACUUCCAUCAUUCUUUUCCUCAACAAGAAGGAUCUUUUUGAAGAGAAGAUCAUCCACAGUGCUUUGAGUAUCUGCUUCCCAGAGUACACAGGGGCCAACCGAUAUGAUGAAGCUGCAGGCUAUAUUCAGAACAAGUUUGAGGAGUUGAACAAGAGAAAGGACACCAAGGAGAUCUACACCCACUUCACUUGUGCCACUGAUACCAAGAAUGUGCAGUUUGUCUUUGAUGCUGUCACUGAUGUCAUCAUCAAAAACAACCUGAAGGACUGUGGGCUCUUUUAGCUCUUCAGAUGGCAUCUACUGAGGAAAAUAGAAAGGAUACUUGAACUGCUCCAUAUGAGGAAGAGGCUGGUGUUGAUGAAGGGAGGACUGCAUCAUUUAACAACUUCUGCUUCUUAAGUUUUGUUCCAUUCCUUUAAAUAUUCCUAAUGAUGAGACUUUGGCAAUUCUUCCUGUCCAAAGGACAGGGCCCAUUGUUUCCCCUGCUCUGUGCUGUCUAGUUGCCUCCUGCAGGCUGUUUGUCUUCUCCCUGUGUGCCCACAAAGCCUUACUAAAGUACCAAUGAUUGGUGACUUGCCAUAGUUGUAACAUUUCCAUAUAUGCCCCUUUUUUUCCUCUUUCUUUAACUGAAAUCCGGAUGGUAGCAAGUCAAAGGGCUUUGGAUAUGUUUGCCAUGCUCUUUACCUUCUUUUUUAAGAUACAAAGUGGGGUUUGGGAGUGUUUGUUUUUUUUCCCUUUUGCUUUAUUUUUGUCCAAGCAACUUUCUGUCUGGCCCUGCCAAAGCAAUUUACAGUUCAUUUGUUUUUGUUUUUGUUUUGUUUUUUAACCUUCCAUCAAGUGGAGCUCUUGCCAUGGAGCAAGUUUUUCAGCUCCUACCUCUGUAAUUUGCACAGACCAGCAAAAAAAUAAAAUAACAUUCCUUAAGAGUAAAUUUGUGCAGGAAAAGCUGGUCUAUUGUUUUAUAAGAAACCCUUUUUAAAAAAAUCAUAUUUAAAAUGUCCAGUAGUAAACGGUUGAGUUGCCCAGUAUGAGCUCAUCUUCUCUAGUAAAUUUGUGCCUUGAGGGUGUCUGUUAUGUUUACAUCUGUUCCUUAGUUUGCUUCAACGUGCAUUGUGUUUAGAAUAGAAUACAGUGGGUUCCUUCCCGUUUUCCAGCCCUUCUCUCCCUUUUUUGCUGUGGACCAGGCCAAGCUUUUUAUGAGGGGGCAGUGCCCAUGCAUUAAAACAUGUUUCUUCCUGGACACAGAAUUAGGUUCCUAAGGGCUAAGAUUCCACUAAGCAAUGUCAACUUCUUUCCAUUCCUUUGUGCCCCACCCCAGGGCCCGAGGGUGCACCUGAGGUUGCUGUAAUGUCAGGUCUAUUUUCAUGUCUUUUCUUAGCUCUAACUGUAGUGUCAGCUGAAGAAACGCUGCUGUAUGUAAGCGGUCCUGCCUGCUGUGCAGUUGAUGGGCACUGGGCCAUUAGUAACCGUCAGACGCAGCCUAGCUUUUAUCACGUUUUACCAAAUUGUUCACAUGGUUUGAAAUAAUAAAAA